AUGGCAGCGCCGAACUCAGUCAAAGUGGUUGAGGUUUGCAAGGUUGCUCCCCCACCAAGCUCAUCAGCUUGCUCAGCCACACCACCACCUGAGGCCCUUUCUCUAACCGUGUUUGAUUUGCUCUGGCUCAGAUUUGCACCCGUCCAACGCCUUUUCUUCUAUCAAAUCUCUUCUAAUUCCUUUGACACCACCACACUCGUUUCAAAACUCAAAGCCUCGCCCUCUAUCGCCCUCCAACAAUUCCUACCACUAGCAGGGAACCUCACAUUGCCCCAAGACUCCCCCAAGCCCAUUCUCACUUAUGUCCAUGGCGACGCCGUUUCACUUACCAUAUCCUCAUCCCAGUCUGCCGAUCAUUUCGACCAUAUUUCAAGCAACAACCUUGAUGUUGAAGCCAAAGAAUACCACCCUCUUAUAUCCCAGUUGGCUUUCUCGCAGAAAAAAGCCACAGCCAUGGCUUUGCAAGUCACUAUAUUUCCUAAACGCGGAUUCUCUAUUGGCAUUGCAACUCACCAUGCAAUCCUAGACGGCAAGACCUCAACCGUGUUCAUGAAAUCAUGGGCUCACAUUUGCAAACAUGUUGAUGAUGAUCCAUCCAGUUUAGUGUUACCGGAUCAGCUGAAACCAUUUUUUGACAGAAGGGUCAUCCGAGACCCGACUGGGCUACAGGCGAUUUACUCCGACGAAUUUCUAAGUAUGGACGGACGUUCCAACAAUAGAAGCUUGAUGCCUUCUAAAUUUAGAACUCCAGCUCCAGAUUCGAUUCGAGGCACCUUUGUGUUCACACGCCCAAAGAUCGAAGCACUGAGGCUUUUGGUGAAAGAGAAGAACCAACAACAUGAAUAUCAAUCGGUUCAAAAAUAUUUGUCCACGUUUUGCAUAACAUGUGCCUACACCUGGGUUUGCUUGGUGAAGGCAGAAGAAAUACAAGGCGGAAAAGCAUUUAUGGGGUUUACCGUGGACUGCAGGUCUCGCUUAGAUCCUCCUAUCUCUUCAAAUUACUUUGGGAACUGCUUGCUUAGUGAUUCGUUUGGUGGUUGCAGAAACAAAAGCGCUUUUAGGUGA